AUGGCGGUCUCCAACGCACCUCUCGUGGGCCCGGUCAUUGCGAUGGCCUUGUGGACUUUUUCCAUGGAGUUCUGGAUGUACUCAUACCGCCUGCCCGACAUCUCCAAGUACAACGUCCAGAUGCCACCAACAGUAACCAAAGCCGAACUCGAAAAGCAAAUCCCUCGACAUCGAAACUGGCCCGCCGAGAACUUCAAUCAUCUACACGAACAACCAACCGUCUUCUUCGCGGUCGCUUUGGCAUUGACAUUUCUCGAGGUCUCUGACGGCUUGACUGUUACUCUUGCGUGGGCGUACGUUGGCGUUCGAGUCGUGCACAGCUUGAUCCAGGCCCAAACGAAUAUCAUCAUGCGGCGGUUUGCGGCGUUUGCGACUUCGAGUGUGAUUCUUUUUGGCUUGACGGCCAAGGCUGCUGUGGUUUAUUUCUUCUGA